AUGUCGUCCUCCGUCAGAACAAUGCUCUUCAACCCCCGGCCCUUGCGGUCGCUGGUUGCGACAAGUCGAACCCAUCGCGCCUACGCAACCAUCCCCACCAAGAACCCAACCCCUUCGCCACCAAAGGAGGACUCGAAAGAGCAGGCCAUGCCCAUAGGACGCUUCUACGAGGCAAUCCUCAACACGCCCCAGCCCAUUCCCGAUGUCAAGCCCGAGGAGCCCGCCAGCUCUGUCAAGGCCGCCCAAGAGGAGGAGUCCACCAAGGAGCCAGCCAAGCGCGGUCGCAAGCCCAAGGCAAAGGCUGAGCCAGCUGCUACUGCCACUGCCGGCACCAGUCCCACAGCUUCGCCAGCAGCCAACCUCAAGGAGACAGCCAAGGAGGCCGCCGCCAAGAACUCCUCUCCGUCCUCUUCCUCCCCACCCCCUUCGAUAGGGACAUCGCCGCCCGUCCCCACGCCGCCGCCCACGCAAUCAAGCAGCGAGGACAAGGCCAAGGUAAUAUUCGGGUCGCGCCUCGCCGGGCCGGCCGAGCGAGCCGAGCAACUGGCACGGCUGCGCGCGAAAAGCACCCUCGUCGCGGGGGUCCUGGUGCCGCCGAAGCCAGAGGAGCCGGACAAUUGCUGCAUGAGCGGGUGUGUCAACUGCGUCUGGGACCGGUACCGCGAUGAGAUGGAGGACUGGGCGCUUGCGGAUGCGGAGGCGAAGACGAAACUAGCGGCAGAGAAGGCGGCAGAGGCAGAGGCUAAUGCUGGUGUUGAUGCGGGCGUGAGUGCGGAUUCGACGACGACGACGAGACCACCGGCAACUUCUGCGGUAGAUCACACUGCUGUUAGCAUGGAUGACGACGGGGGUGGAUCGGAUACCAACUGGGACGUUCCUCCCGCUUCACCUUCGCCCAAAAUUGCUAAGGACUUUUGGGACGAUGACUUGUACAAAAACGUGCCGGUCGGCAUCAGGGAGUUUAUGAAGCAAGAGAAGAGGCUAAAAGAGAAGCAUUCUCGCGAAGGCACCUCGGGGGGUUGA